AUGGACAGGGAGGACUACAAAAACUAUGCCGAGCUUCUAUUCCAGAGGUUUGGAGACAGAGUCAAAUUUUGGAUCACUUUAAACCAACCUUACUCUCUUGCAAGCAAAGGUUAUGGAGAUGGAUCGUAUCCGCCUGGUCGGUGCACUGGCUGUGAAUUUGGAGGAGAUUCUGGAACCGAACCUUAUAUAGUUGGACAUAACCAACUUCUAGCUCAUGCAAAAGUUGUAGAAUUAUACAGAAAAAGAUAUCAGAAAUUACAAGGUGGUAAGAUAGGAACGACCUUGAUCGGGAGAUGGUUCACCCCAUUAAACGAAAAUAGCAUUCGCGACACGGCUGCUGCAAAGCGAGCAUUUGAUUUCUUCGUCGGAUGGUUUUUGGAUCCACUGGUCUAUGGAAGAUAUCCAAAGAUAAUGCGACAGAUGGUGGGAAAUAGAUUGCCCAAAUUCACACCCCAAGAAUCAAAAUUAGUCAAAGGAUCACUUGAUUUUCUAGGGUUGAACUAUUACGUUACUCAAUAUGCGACCACCGCACCUCGUUCCACACAACCUAAUGUCAUAACCGAUGCAAGAGUUACUCUUGGAUAUUAUCGCAACAAAGUACCUAUCGGUGUUCAGGCGCCUAGCUUCGUCUACUACCCUCCAGGGAUCCGUCAGAUUCUAAACUAUAUCAAAAACAAUUACGGAAACCCACUUACCUACAUCACUGAAAAUGGAGUUGCUGAUCUUGAUACCGGAAACUUAACGCUGCCAGAUGCUCUUGCUGAUAAUGGACGAAUUCAAAAUCAUUGCAGCCAUCUUUCAUGUCUCAAAUGUUCUAUCGAGUGA